CGUGAGGGGCCGUUGGCCGGCCCGAGGCGUGGCGGGGACGCGCGGCGGUGGCGGCAGCAUGGCGGCCGCCGCGGCAGCGGCUGAGAGGGCUGGGGCCGACCCGCCGGCCACCUGCCCCGGCGGCGCGGACAGCGGGAACGUCUCGCAGAGCCACAGCAGCGCGUCCGGCCUCGGGGAACCGGAGGACGAGGACGCCUGGGAGGCGUCGCUCGGCGCCACCGCCGCCGCCUAUUCCGCCUACCUGCUGGCCGACCGCAGCCUCUUCAGCGAGCAGAUAGAAAGCUUAGACAAGAGUCUAGAAGAUUUGCUGACCAGAGUGGAUGAGUUUGUGGGAAUGCUGGACAUGAUUCGAAGUGAUUCCUCUCAAGUUGUCAAUGAAAGUAUACCUCAAAUUUACACAAAAGCUACGGAAAUGAGACAGAUAUACAGGAAGAUUGACAAACUAGAGGCUUUUGUGAAGAUGAUUGGAAGCAGCGUAGCUGGACUGGAAGAACGGGUCAUAAAAGCAGAAACAGACCUUGGAGCUUUUCCAAGCACAUUCAAGAAAAUCUUGCACACAAUCAGCAUGCCAUCCUUCCUUAAUAAAUCGUCUUCCUCACGACAACAACAGACCCUCUAUGAACCUCCAGUCCUCUUCAAGACUGAAGACUAUUUUCCAUGUCUUAACGAAGCACCUUAUUGAUGACUUUUACUUUGGGAUUGAUACGAAUCAGCCAGAAUAAAGACAGCCAAGCGAACAAAAGAAAUGCUAACCUCAAAAUAGCUGCAUUUCUGAGCGUUAUUGAUGGCAUAUUGCCAUUCUGAUUGUCUUCCUUCAGGCAGUAUUUUCAGGUAAUCUUUGUGUACAUUAUUUCAAAAGUCUUCCUUAAACACAGUAUAAAUUUUCAGAUUAUAUUGGUGAAGAAACUUAAGAAUACAUUUGCUUUUUUUUUUUUUUGAAUUGUGAAAUAAUAGGAAACAUACUUUGUACAUAAAUCUUUUAACACAAAUAUCUGUGCUGCUGCAAGUGUAAAUAGCUAUACGACAAGGAUGUCUUUUUUUUUUUUCUUUUUUUUCACUAAUGUACUGAUUGAAUGGAAAGAAAAACUGUAUAAAAUCAUCUACUCCAAGUUUUGGAACCUGGUCCCUGCAGUUUGUACAGAGAAAUGCACCACAUUGGGACAUACAAGUUGCAAGGGGAGGACUCGGAAGAUCAGCGAGGAGUCAAGGGCAUGGCUCGAUGCUUUGUGAACUGGGACUAGAUCAUGUGCAAAUAUCCUGCUACCACUGAUGAUCAUGAGGUCACGGUGACCUUAGCUUCUAAUUAUUGCAGUGUUGUGUUUUUUGAUGUGUAACCAGGUGGGCACGAUAUAUAUAUGUAUUUUUAUAUAUAUAUCCUGUCAAAAAGUAUUGAAGUUGAGGCAGGGAUGUCCCUGGACGGAGCCUCAAUCGGGUGCCUGACCAGGCUGUCUGCUUUUCCCUCAUAACCCUCCAUGUGGUUACUGGGGCUCCCCGCACUGAUUGCAGUGAGAGUAUAUUAUCAAUAAACUAACAGCUAUCUAA